AUGGAGAAACAUUCUGCUGACACACUGGAAGCCAUCAGAAGUGUGAAAGGGGAUGUACAGGCGCAUUCACAAAGACUCGAUGAGGCUGAGGAGCGGAUAUCACGGGCUGAAGAUGAUGUAGCCUCUCUCCAAGAGACCCGCCGCCAGCAGCAGCGCUUCGACGGCGUAAAAGCAAAGCUGCGCGCUCUGAAUAUCCGCUAUGGGAUGCUAUACCCGGCCCAACUGAUGAUCACACACAACGAAAGGCGUAUCAUCUUCAAGUCGGACGAAGAGGCUGAAGAUUACGUUAAGAAAAUGAGACAACCAGCUGCUGACGACGAUGGAGACUGA